AUGCCCACAACACCCAAAACCCCCAAGACGCCCUACACGCCCAACAAGACCAGCACGCUGAGAACUCCAAGACUGCAGGAAAUGGCUGCAGACAGUGGCUUUUGCGAGUCGCCACGGGAUGCAACAAAUGCAGCACUUAUCAGCGGCAGCGCUGACAACAGCAACGCAUCACCCAAGCAGAUAGCAGGUGGUGGCGGUGAGAAGAGCGGCGGCAAGAACAGGAUGCUGAAAGCCGUGCUAAAGCUCACCAUGCCUCUUUCCGACAACACCGACAGCAGCAGUACAGAUGUGUUGACUCGCUUCAAGCAUGCUCUCUCUAACAACACCGAGCGAGCCCGGCCUUGCUAUGAGGACACCCUUUAUUCGAGGAGCGGCCCAGGCGUUCCCAACGGCGACACCGACGUGUUGGCUCGCUUCAAACGCACCAUUUCUGACAACACCGAGCGAGCCCGGCACGACUCACCACAGCAGAGCCCAUACGCUGCUGCCACUGCUGCCCCGUCCUAUGCCGCCCCGCCCUAUGCUGCCUCGUCACAAGCACGUGCAAACACACCAUCCCGCCCGGGAACUUCUGAGCGGGGGCGUAACACGCCCCGGAAAGCCCCGCAACAAGCGAAAGCUGCUGCCCUGGAAGUGGCUGAGGGAUUCCAGCAAGUGCCAUCUGCCUCUGUUGUUGCUGAUUCCGAAAGUGCUGCUGGUGGUGGUACUGCUGCUGAGAGAGAGCAGUUGCUGCUGCAGCAGGAGCAUGGACAGGAAGAAGAAGAGGGAGAAGAGCCGAUGCUACAGCUGAACCUGCCACUGAAGCUGCAAGAGCGGUUGCAGAAGGCAGCACAAGGGCAAGAGUUGCACCGGGUGGCACAAGGGCAGGAGUUGCACCGGGUGGCACAAGGGCAGGAGUUGCACCGGGUGGCACAAGGGCAGGAGUUGCACCGGGUGGCACAAGGGCAGGAGUUGCACCGGGUGGCACAAGGGCAGGAGUUGCACCGGGUGGCACAAGGGCAGGAGUUGCACCGGGUGGCACAAGGGCAGGAGUUGCACCGGGUGGAUCAAGGGCAGGGGUUGGGGCAUGGGGGCUAUGAGGCAAUGAGAGCGUCGGCAGCAGCACAUCUAGCCCCCCUCAUUUGCCUCACCCCGCCCUGCCCUUCCCCAGUUGACGCCUCCCCUUCUCCUGUUGACACCUCCCCAUUCUCACCCGUUCCCAUCAUUCUCUCCUCCAACCUGGGUAUUCAGGCGUGGACUCGUCGGGCGGCUGCUGCACAGAGGCUCGAUGUUUGGUCUGCAGGCAGUGAUGAUGCGAAUGCAGCAGCUGAAGGAGGAGAAGGGGCGGCAGAGGCAUGGCUGGAUUCAUUAGCUGCAAUCACCAACUAUUCCUCUGUUGCCGCAGAAACAGCAGGAGCAGCAGCAGGGGACGGAGCAGCAGCAGGCCGAGCAACCGUUUCUGCUGCCCCCCAAAUGUCAAGGAGACCAGCAGCAUCCCGGAUGGGUGCUUCUAGAAGGUUCCACCGCACCUCCAGCUGCCCUGAUAUUGAGGGCAUGCCAUUCUGCAUUAGAGCAGCGGCAGCAGCAGGAGUGGCGGAAGAAACAUCAGCAACAGAAGAAGCAGCAGACGAAGGGGAGGGAGGGAAGGAGGGGCAGGAGUCGCUUGAGUCUCGGUUGAGGCGGUGGCAUGAGAGCAUGGGUGUUACCUCUUCCGUGCCCCAUGCCUCCCGCCCCGCCUCCCCCUCUCCGCCCCCCCUUGCCGGGCUCUUUGUUCCCGGCCUGCCCCACUGGACCAAGUGCUCGCUCCCUUGUUCCCUCCGCAUCUCCCGCUCGCUGCUCUCCUUUCAAGAGCGAGCGCUGCUGGAGCACCGCCAGGAAACCGCCCUCCUAGAGGGCCGGGUUGGCAGAAACAGCCUGGAGAAUGAGGGGGGCGAGAUGUGGAGCGAGGGGAAUGGGGCUGGCAACGAGGGAUUUGAUGAGGGAAGCAUGGAGAGGAGGCAAGGAAGAACGAGCGUGCGAGUGAAGAGUGAGAGCUCCCUGCUGUCGGCAGCGGCGGCGGCGGUGGCAGCACCAGUGUCACCCACCAAAUCAAUCCGGGCGGCGAUUGCUGUCUAUUCUGCCUCGAGGGAAUUCUGGCGGCCCCCCUCCACCCCCAAGCCUGUGAUGGACCUGAAGCAAGCCAAGAUGUGCCUGCCAAUUUAUUCCCACUCUGUGCCGCCCAUCGGCCUCGAGAAGCUGAUGGAGGGCGGGACUGGGGCAGGUGGGACUGGUAGGUUUGCUGGCUUUGCUGGGUUUGGUGCGGGAGGAGGGUGGGGGUUGGGUGCAAGCUGGUGGGGUGCAGGAGAGGGAGCGGGGGAGGAGAGGAAGGAGGGGAUGGGAGAGGCAGGGUGGCUGGGGUUUGAAGGGUUGGUGGAUGCGGCGCGGGGGAUGAUGUGGGGGGGGGGGAGGGGGUGGAGUUGGGGAGGGGCUAAAGGAGGAAGAGAAAGAGGGGGGAUUGGGUACAGGUACACGAAAGGGUAUGAGGGAUCAGGAAGUAGAGGGAGAGAUAGUGGAAGGAGAAGAGAAGGAUUUGUCUCAAGAGGAAAAGUGUUUUGGGAAAGGAAGUGCACAUGGAGAUAA